GUUUUGCUUGCUUUUCUGUCCACUUAAAAUGCCUCCGAUAGGAUGGCGACCCCUUUUGUUUUGUCUGUUGCUGCCAAAAGUCUCUUUCUUUUUGCUGUUGUCAAUACUAUUCUAUUUUUGCAAUUGCAUCUCAUUCCCAACAUAUUAUUUUCUAUUUUCCCACCUAUAUACUGGCUUUAGCCCUCCGCGAUACUGUAGCCACCGUCGCCACAACCGCUACUGCCACUGUUUUUAUUUAUAAAAAUAUACCACAAACCCACAGACACACCUAGUUUAUAUUUUGCCUUGGCAAGAAUAACAAUAAAGAGAUACGCCCUUGCAUACUGCACAUCCCAGCCCGAUAAAGCUCCAUUUUAGUGCCCGGCCAGCUUAUCCACCUCAGCAGCGCGGCUAAACCAAACCAUCUGCUGCCAUCAAACGCGCAGUGCAAAUAAGAGCAAACGGUCCACCGCCGGCAUUUUAGAAAGCAUGGCCAAAUCAAAGGUCCUCGUGAGGACCGCAUCAAAAUCAAACGAUAAUCGCGACGACAGCGGUCUCGAGCCAACCGUCCGCCCACACACUGCUGGCAGGGAGCGGGGGAUUUUCCGUCGACUGCGCCUCGGCCGCAUGCUCUUUGGUCUGGGAUCGGGCCAUGGCGCAGUUCCAGAAAUAGCCGCAGGCGCCAGCAUAGGACCUGGGCCAGAAUACUCCACAAUCUCUCAUAGCGGGGUGGGUUCUGGUGCUGGAACACACGUCAGAGAUUCCGAGCCCAUGCACAACCUGUUCCGCACGAGCUCCGCCCAGCCUCAGUCAAACAAGGUCGACUUGUUACUCAGCGUGCUUGCAGUGCAGCCGCCUGACGAUACAUCUUUGCACAGUCUGCGAGGCGAGCUCGGCGCCACCGACGAGUUGCAAGCUGUGUCUGGCAUGCAGCCCCAGCAUAUUGUCACUGAUGUUGCCCACCAAUUCGACGCACGGAAAAGUCACCAUAGCUUUCUGCCUCGGAGAUCGUCAGCGCCUGAUGUCGCAGAAAUUGUGCGCCGCUUGAGUCUGUGCACGGUCACCAGUGAGUGCAAAACAGACGAUGACGGCGCUAGUCAGUCCUCCGAUACCAGCACACCUCCCAGCUACUUGUACGCAAGCUACACAUCAGGACAGCCAGGGCCCAGCGAUGACGGUAGUGCUUCUACAAAGGCCAGUACCACGCAGCGAUGCGAAGUCGCUGCAGACAUGAAGGCGCAGCGCGCCCACAGCAAUUAUAGCCACCAUGGCAACAGCAGCAGUGACAGAAACGCUGCAGCUGGCACUGCAACGCAUCAUUCUUUAGACAUUGGUCACAGCCCAACCUUUGGUUCUGGCUCGCGCGAUGAGGGCGACAACACUACUUUCCCGCCCUUACCAUUGGCAUUGCCCUUGCCCUGCACUCGUUCUUCUAGCAGCGAGCCAAGUCCGCGCGAUGGCAUCGCAAACGAUACGCACUCCUGCGAUACCUCGCAGAGCAAACAUUCGACUCAUAGAGCCAAGCUUGCAGUAACGACGACAAUGCCGACCGCAGCGGCAGGGGCAAAGGCAGAAAUGGAGGAAGCGGCGCUGGUGGGAAGUGCUGCGGAGUCUGGAUCGGGCGAGGCACUAUCGCGUGGGAUACUUCGGGCCUGCCGAGUACCACCGCCAAUCUUCCGCACAAGGCCACACCCGAGAUAAUUCAGCUAUGGAGGCAGCAGCGCCAGUCAAUGCCCGACUCGCCUAUAUCGCCGUCUGGUAACAGCCC